UAUUCUAGCGUGAUUGCUGUAGAUCUUAAMGGUUUUGGUGAUUCUGAUAAACCUUCUGCACGCAAAAGUUAUCGAGUCGAAAAUCUAGUCAAUGAGCUAGCCGUGUUUUUGUCGCUGCUCGGAGUGGAUGGCCGUAAUAAAUGUCACGUAAUCGGCCACGACUUGGGUGCUCUAUUGGGCUGGUAUCUGGUGCAUCUGUGGCCAAUAUUUGUGUCAAAUUUUGUAGCCAUUUCAUGUCCACAUCCUAAUGUCCACUGGGAUUACUUACCUUCGUCAAGUUUCUUUAAUAAAAAUUGGAUUUGCUUCAGUCAACUUCCUUAUUUACCGGAAAUGGAUGCUUUGCAAAGUGAUCUAAAAAUAAUCAACCAGUGUUAUCAACACCUAUCUAAGAAUAAGAAAAGCGAUGACUUAUCUUACAUCGAGGCAUAUAAAUAUGCAUUUUCAAGAACAGUGGAUUGGACGGGUGCUAUAAAUUAUUUUAGAAAUUUGCCGUUCUACAGAAUCGAGCCUCGGAGUAAUAAYGAUUCUUCAAAUAAAGAAAAAGACAUGCUUCAAGUUCCAUGUUUGCUCAUCAUCGGUAGUGAUGAUGCAAGUGUACAAAUUGCGAGUUUUAUCAAGUCCACAGAAUUUCUUAAAACAUCUACCGUAAGAAUAAUUGACAAUGCAUCGCACUUUCCCCAUCAAGAGCAACCUAAAGUAGUUAAUGAACUAUUGAUAUCAUAUUUAG